AUGAUGUCCUUGAGCACCACGACUGACGACAGUGGUGGAGAUUUCGGAGAGAACACGUCGGCCUUCGGCAUAUUCGAUGGAGACAGCAGCAUCAUAAGUCUCGGCCUGGACGACACGGAUCACAACCUUGUCUCGGAGAGCAUGCCCAUGACAACGCUGGAUACGGCGAGCAGCUCGGAGGAAGAGACGCGGGUGGGCCGGCGGUCUGCCGGGUUCUCGUGGCCUUGCACCGGCAACCAAGUGCUGGUGGCCCUGGCCGCCGUCUUCCAGGGCCUGCUCAUUGUCGUUACGCUCACGGCCAUCAACAAGUACGGCAUCUUUGCCGAUAUAGAACCUGUGAAGUAUUACGAGAAAGCCGACAUCCUGCAACCAGACAGGAACGCAGCCGACGACUACGGCAGUGCCUCCGGCAUUCCAGAUCCAGACAGGCGAACCCCGAAGCCGACGACAACGUUCGACGACUUGGCUGUCCUCGCCUCAGUUCCUAGCGGCCUGAAACGAGCUGCGGGCACGGACCCCAAAGCCAAUGGAGGCUCGCGCACUUGGCCUUCGCCCACUACAGACAGCGGAAACGGCAGCCGCGCCCUGAUGUGCCUGUUCGCGGACACCUUCGAGGGAGACUUCCCGACGCACCUGUGCACGCACCUGGUGUUCAUGAACGCCGUGAUCGACCUGCAGGCGCAGAUCAUCCGGCCAAACUCGGCCGAGCAGGGACGCGCCGUGCUGCAGCGGUUCAUCAACCAGCGGCGCGAGCAGGAGGAGGGCGGCGGCUGUCACUUCCUGGUGUCCUUGUGGGAGGCCCGGGUGACGGACACCUACCGCGACCUGUUCACCGACUGGUCGCGAGGCACCCGCGCCGCCACGCUGGCCCUCGGCUGGCUCCAGCGCACGGGGCUCGACGGCCUCGCGCUCCUCAACCUCGCGCUCACCUCGGACAGCGGGCCGGACUUUUUCAACAUCCUCAAGGUCCUGCGCGCCGUGAUGGGUGCCGACGUGCUCCUGGUGUUCGGCUUCUACCUUCCGGAGAGCUACCAGGGCAAAGAGGAGAAGCGACUCAUCAGGACGUUGCACCAGAUAGCUAACCAGGUGAACUUCACGGUGUUCGAAACGCACGACCCACGGCCCGUUUCGUGCAAGGUGUUCGUGCCGAACGCCUACAACAAGCGCAACGACGACCCCGAUGCUCCCGACCACACGAUACUGCAGUGCCUACAGUGGAGCGCGGGUCCCGCUGAGCUUUACCAGCGCCUGCCGGGCCGGCUGUGCAUCUCGCUCACCCUGGCCGCGUUCCGCUUCAUCGUGCACGUGGGACCCGGGCACCUGGGCGCACGCUGCUACAACUACUACCCGGCGGCGCCCAGGCAGCACUGCCGGGACAAGCGGCCGGUGCACUACGCAGAUGCGGCCAUCGGCAACUUUGCCGAGGUUCCCGCCGGCAUGCAACUCCAAUCUGUGCGACUCGAAGCCUUCGACACCGUCACCACGCUGAGGAAAAAGAUUCGUCACAUUAAGAAUGAUUAG